UUGAUUUGUCGACAAGAAUCGCGAGUCAAUGCUCAAACCGAUUGGAAGGAAGGAAAGAAAGAAUAAAAAAGCCGUCAAGAACUUCACACAUUUCAACAAAAAAGAGGGAAUCGAAAGCGAUCAAGAAAUUCACAUCCACAGCAAAACAAAAGGCCGGCGAGAUCCACCAAUGGAGUUCUUCACCCUGUCCGCUGCCGGCGGGGGUUUCUGUCUGAUCGGCGCAUGGGAGGCACUCUCUUCAUUGAAUUCCAUUUCCGAUUCCGAUUCAAAUCCAAAUCCAAAUCCAUCUUCCUCUCUCAACGCUGUCCGACCUCCAUCUCAAUCUCCGCCGUCGACUGCCACAAUCGCUUCAUCUUCAUCAUUUCCGUCGUUCAUUUUCAUCUUCGUUCUCUCAUUGCUCGUCAUAUUAAACUCCCUCGUUUCAUUUUUCGAUGCGAUUAAUUCGAGCGACCGAGUCGGUUCGACCCUCCAGUUACCAGUUCUAGCCGUGGCUUCUCUUUUCUUUCUCUAUUCGAUUCUCGGAGUUUUGGUUAAUAUCAAUGAAUCGGUUCAUCUUCCUUCAACAAUUCUCAGUUUAAUCGCGUUAUUCGCUUUUGUGGAAGAGUUUUUGUUGUUCUACCUGCAAAGGAAAGACACCAGUGGAAUCGAGAAUCGGUACUUCGAUCUCUUGCUUGUCCCUAUUACAAUUUGUGUUUUCGCUACAAUUUUCGAAUUGAACUCCCCCAAAUUGAAUUCCCCCAAAAUUGUUCGUGGGGUUGGGUUGAUUCUGCAGGGGACAUGGUUUUUACAAAUGGGGUUGUCUUUUUUCACCAAUUUGAUAACUGAUGGGUGCUCUUUGCACAAAAAGAGCAGGGGAAAUUACACUAUAAAAUGCAAGGGACACCCUGAAUAUCACAGAGCCAGAGCAAUCGCUACACUUCAGUUCAAUUGCCAUCUUGCUCUUCUAGUGACAUUGGUGGUUGGUGUAUAUUCAAUCAUCAAUUACAGAAAUGGAGGCACCGGAAAUUUUUUGCAGUACCGGCCGAUCGGGGUGGAGAUGCUGCCAUUUGAGUUUCAGGGCCAAUUCACUUUGGAUUCUGAUGAUGAUCUAAGUGAAGAAAGCAAUUUGGGGAAGAGGAAACAAGCAGUGGUCGAUCUGGGCGUGAAUGGUCAUGAUGUUCAUCAAUGAGGUAAAUUCCAUUGGACAUUUUGGUUUAUAAUUGUUUGAGUAUGAUUAGUUUAGACUGCAAAUGUUGUGAUUAACUUGUAUCAAAUGGUUGAGAUGCCUCUCUGUGGUGCUGAUUUAGUUUUUGUUUUAUCAUGAUCAAGAAAUAGAAACAAGUUUUGCUAAUCUUGUGUUCAUUUCUAUAGAUCUAAAUGCAUACUGAAAGUCAAGCUUUGUGUCA